UUCUACACGCCGGAGGGAGGGCCACGGUCACGGCUUGGGACCCCCUCCCCACCUCGCUUGGGCCACCGCAUGGGGUUCUUGUGGCCGCUGCGGACGUGCGAAGGCUCGAAAUGCGAUAGGGAGCUGAAGACUUCAGGGAAGCUCUGACUUAAGGACAACUCGAUGGCCCUAGGUGAGGAAGAGGCAGAGGUGGAAGCAUCUGUGAGCACAAAGGCCCAAUCCUGCAGGAGGCAGAGCUGCCAGGAUCGAGAGCUGCCUCCCCAGGGCCCUGAGCCAGAGCAGCCCCCAUGUCUGGAAGCUAAAAGAAGCACUGUCUCUUCUGAAUGGGAGGCAGAGGGGCUACCCGCCCCUGCCUGCUGGCCUGAGGCUGACCCUGGAAGUGCCUCUGGAGCUUACCUGGCAUGUGCCAUUACUGCCAGAGAGCCAAUAGUGGAUGGGUAUAAGACUGCCUUCUGUGGCCCGCUUCCACCUGCCAGCAUGGGGACUAGAGAUCUUUUGCCCUCUGCAGAAAGCCAGAUGGAGGAGACCAAGCUUUCUGUCUCCGAGGAGCUAUCUCAGAGUGUUAGUGUCCCCAGAACUACGGCUCUUUGCUCAGGACAUGAUGCUGAUACCGAAGAUAACCCAUCCUCAGGUGAUUCGCCUCUGGGGCUGGGCCUCAGCCAGCAGCCUCACCUCUCAAGUUUCCCUUUCUUAUCACGGUGGAAGCCCAUGGUGAGCCCAGGUGCUCCUCCACUCUCCAGCAAAAGCAUCUCUGUCUCUUCCAUGGCCAGUAGUCUCCAGGGUCACCAAGAGAAGGUGGAACCUCAAAAUAACUCCUUUGCCAAGGUUUCCUCUCUGGAACUGGUUAUACCCCAGGGGCUCCCCUCUGUUAUGGGGCCAGGGCCUCGACUCCAAGGGUCAUCACGGCCUUUGGUCUCGGGGGGUGAUGCUACUGGUCAGGGCAGGAGGCAUCUUUCCUUCCAGGCUGAGUACUGGGCUUGUGUACUGCCAGAUUCUCUGCCUCCUUCCCCUGACCGCCACUCCCCACUGUGGAACCCAAAUAAAGAGUACGAAGACCUGCUAGACUAUACUUAUCCACUGAGGCCUGGGCCCCACAUCCCAAAGCAACUUGACAGCCACAUGCUAGCUGACCCUGUCCUGCAAGACUCAGGUAUAGACCUGGAUAGUUUCUCUGUCUCCCCAGCAAGCACCCUCAAGUCACCCACUAAUGUCUCCCCUAAUUGCUCACCAGCAGAGGUGCCUGCUCUGCCAUUUUCUGAAUCCAGAGAGCCAAGCCUUAAGCCAUGGCCCUCUAGAGUACCCCAGAAGCAAGAUAGCAUGAGCCUGGCAUCUUGGAGCCAGCUCACAUCCACCCCUAGACCCCCAGGCAAUAGGGAUGCUCCUUGGAAGAGCAGAGAGGCAGCCCUGAGGAACACAAGGGACUGGCUUCCCGUGGGCAAACACCUGGAUGUAGACUCUUCCCAGCUGAAGACAACAAGGGACGGAGGACGGCCCUCACCCAGGCCAGAGAGAGAGAAGAGGGUGAGCCAGAGUGUCCAGCAUCCUUCCUGUAUGGAGUCUAAAUGGAAAUCAGAAGAGGAGGUAGAAAGUGAUGACGAGUAUCUUGCCUUACCCACUCGGCUGACGCAGGUUUCUAGUCUGGUUUCCUACCUAGGUGCCAUUCCCACCUUGGUGACCCUGCCCACUAGGGCUACCAAGGGGCAAAGAUCCUUGGAAGUGUGGGACAACAAUGGAACAGCUUCCCCCGCUUCAGACUCCAGUCAAAGCCAGCUUCUUUCUGGGGCUGCCUUCCAAGGGUCUGCCUGCCCUGAGGGCCAGAGUCCCUGCUUCCUGAACUCCUUUGUUCGUGCCCAAAACUCUACAGAGGAAGGCAGUCAAGUGAGCAGCCAGGCCCUUGGGGUCUCUUCUGGACUGCUGAAGACACGCCCCUCCUUGUCAGCUGUGUCCGACAGGUGGCCAUUCUCAGACCUGGAUGCUGGAGGGUAUUUUCCCAGGAAGGCUGGCGAGCAGGGGAAAGCCUCACUGGUGCAGUGUGUGCAGACGUUUUGCUGUCAGCUAGAAGAGCUGAUCCACUGGCUAUAUAAUGUCACAGAUGUUACUGACCUUGGGACUGCACCCAGGUCCAGUCUUACCGGUCUGAAGUCUUCUCUGCAGCUCUAUCGGCAAUUUAAGAAAGAUAUAGAUGAACAUCAGUCCCUGACGGAGAGCGUCUUAGAGAAGGGGGAGAUUCUUCUUCAGUGCCUGUUGGAUAACACCCCAGUUUUAAAGGAUGUUCUUGGGAGGAUUGAAAAGCAGUCUGGGGAGCUGGAGAGCCAUGCAGAUCGCCUUUAUGACUCUGUCUUAGCCUCUCUGGACAUGCUGGCUGGCUGCACCCUCUUCCCUGACAAGCCAGUGACUGCAAAAGAACGCCCAUGUGAGGGGGUUUAAUGUGGUAAGUAGAGGAACCCAAAGCAAGUCUGCCCUCCUGCCCCGCGCUGACGAGGGCAAAGUACCUGCUGCAACAGGCAGUUACUGUAGAAGCAUGGUGGACUAAGCAUGUUGAGACAAAAGAUGUGCUGGAGAAAGGCUGCCCAUGGUACUGAAAAGUGAGUCCCCACCAUUGACAGAAGAGGGUUUCCCGUGGUGAUGAACACUCACCUUGGCGCCUUCCAUUAUUUGUUUUCAACCCUGCUGCCUGCUGAGGACAAGAGCACCCCAUGCUUUCAUUAUCUGUGCUGCAUUGUUUUCACAACUACCACCACCCAGGCAACAGCAGCAACACUUUCUCUACUUUGUGUCUGACUUCUCCAGUGUGGGACUGCGAUCAGAGUGCCCCUGUCCUUCAGGCUCUUGUCGCCCAGCUUAUUUGUUUGAUGCUUCCAAGUGUCUGACAGCACAAAUGCCCACAGAAACCCCAAGUUACUGCCCACACCUCCUUCCCCAAAGGGCUGGAGAAGACCACAGCUUUCUUCUUAUCCCACAGAAAGUCAACCAGGAAAUGGUAGAAAAAGGGAGGAAAGGGGUGAGGUUCCACCACCCAACACUUCCUAAUUCCACAACUCUACUGCACUUUCCUACAACAAAAUGUUUGUAGUACUCAGAUUUUUUUUUAGGUGAGAAUUCACUGUAUCUAUGUCAAAAGCAGGGAUUCCCUGUAUUUGCAUAAAGCAAUUAAAGUAGUCAUCUUAAUUCUAAAGUGGAUGCAGGUGAUUGUUGUUUUCAUUUCUUCCUCUGAAGCAUUGCCUAUAACAAAUGUUUUUCUUUCAGGUGUCUUCUCAGGCAGGGAGGACUCUUGGAAAGAAUUUUCAACAAGUCCUUGCAAGAGCCAUUUAACAGUUAAGUCAAGGGGGAAGCUAUAAUGUGCUAGCUUUAAAAUCCCUUUCUCUUUGAAAUAAUCUCUUUGAAAUAAGGGCUGUUGACUUUAUUUAUAAUGAAUCCUUCCAAAUUAAGGCUUUCCUUUUGGUGCUUCUCUACAAAAAGCAUGUGGCUUUGCUCCUUUUGAUAAAGUAGUUAAAACUUACAGGCGGGUCUUGCCUUCCCCUCUCUGGUUUUUGAAGGAAAAAAAAAAAAAAAAAACAAGACAAAGUUAAACUGUUACAUCUGUUGAAAUCAUUAAAUGAAGGCUGCUUUGAGAAAGGAGAUUCCAAAUACUUGAUAUUCUCAGGCAUAGAAGGAGAUCCAAGAGAGUGAAAAAAAAAAAAAAAAAGACUGGCCUGAAA